GCAGAAAGCCCCGACGGGGAACAGGACCACACACCACCCACCCCCUCCUCUGCAGCCCGAUUGCCUUUAUAUGAUAUCAACCAGGGUGUUUUUGAACUUAGCCACAGACGGCUCUGCCUGUUCAUCACGCCGCUCACGGGGAGAUGCUUCCCACCGCUCCAAGCUUGCUGAGUGCUCAGAGCAAAUGGAGUCACACUCGCAAUUAUCGGCUGAUGCGGAUGCAGUUCUGACGCCUGGAUGUUAUAACGAGCAGGCAGCGGCCGCACUUACAUAUGAAUUGGGUUGUGUGCUGG